UCGCCUGCUCUGAGCUCCGCAAGCCCAAUGGUCUCCAAAGUCGCAUACGGCAUUGCCCUCCCAACCAUCAUUAUUGCCGGUGUCAUAAAUGGUCAUGCCGCCUUCAAGUACAUCUAUUUGCGCAUCUUCCGGGGCACAGAUCAGAUACACAAGCGUGACUGGGUCGCAAUCAGCUCCUGGGUUGUCAUUGCAUUCGCCUUGUGGGUGAUUGCCUGGAUCAUCGCGGAAGCUAUUCCUAUGUUCAGCAACCUACUCAGCUUAAUUACGGCGCUCUUUGCCAGCUGGUUCACUUUCGGCUUCAGCGGUGUCUUUUGGUUGCACAUGAACCGGGGCCAAUGGUUUUCGUCCCGCCGCAAGACUGUCUUGACCAUGCUCAAUAUCCUUAAUUCCAGUGUUGCGGCGUGUUUGUGCGGUCUGGGGCUUUAUGUCUCCGGAAAAGCGAUCCACGACCAUCCCCGUAGCAUGAGCUUCUCGUGCGCAAACAACGCGACCUGA